AUGGUAAAGUGGGUUUGUCAGGAGACUCGCCGCGCACGGACCAUCAUCUCGAUAACGCUCUUCUCAUGCUCGCUUAUCAUUCUCGCGAUAUUCUCGCUUAUUUACCGCCAACACAAUUAUGAAAACUCAUCAACGCGUCUUCAACGCUACACUAGACAUACGAGGAAUGUGGAAUACGAGUUUGAUGAUUGCAGACCACGAAUUCCAGCAGGCGCCACUUCGAACAGCUCCCAGUUUCCUGAAGACUUUAUGUCGUUGUCAACUCGACGUCAUGGCGGUGUCAUUGUUCACAUUCUGCUGCUCAUCUACAUGUUCGUCGCGCUCGCCGUCGUCUGCGACGAAUUCUUCGUGCCAUCGCUAUCAGUCAUCACGGAAGUGCUUUCAAUAUCCGAUGACGUCGCCGGUGCGACCUUCAUGGCCGCCGGCGGAUCGGCGCCAGAGUUCUUCACAUCCCUAUUCGGAGUGUUCAUCGCGCAGGAUAAUGUCGGUGUCGGCACCAUUGUUGGUUCGGCGACAUUCAACAUUCUAUGUGUGCUCGCCUUCUGCACACUCUUCUCCCGCCAGGUGCUCCAUUUGACGUGGUGGCCAUUGUUCCGCGACAUGUCCUUCUACACCGUCUCCCUAUUCCUGUUGCUCAUUUUCUUCAAAGAUGAGGUUAUCGAGUGGUAUGAGGCGUUCGUCAUGUUCCUCAUGUACAUUGCGUACGGGGUGUUUAUGAAGUACAACAGCGCGCUCGAAAUCAAAGUCAAAAUGUUUUUAUUGCGAAAUUUCUCCAUAGGAAAUCAGCAAAUUCAGACGACAAUCACCAUAAAUGAAAGAAUCGAUGGUACUCCGAAUAUUCCAGAAAGCGCUGAUGGAUACGAGCCUCGUCGAAGCUUCCCAAUGCUUCAUGGAGGUCAGGAGGUUCGGAAGAGCAUAGCGCAGUUAGUGAUGGGAGAUGAAGACGAAUCUGCAACUUCAAUUCCAACGUCAGCAUCAUCAUCUCGUACAUCAGCGCGGAGUGAGAACCAUAAUACAAAACUUGCUCCGUCUGUAAACGUGAUAAUGGUGAAGCCGGCGAAACAAGAAAAUGAUGAUGAAUUUGUGAAGCAAAAUAAUAUAACGACCACAGCAUCGAUAUUGAAUAUUGGCGGCUCGCAGAAUGGCGAGAAAAAUAAGGACAAUGUGACACCUGUGGAAGUCAAUCCAGCAGUGAGCAAUGGAUUGAGCUCAACCGGCAAUAAAAUCAGCCCAGUGCCGCCAAUAAUGCUCGAUAAUCUGUCGAUUGCAUCAUCCUCUGCUGAGCAGCCUCUCGAUCUCUCGUGGCCGGAAUCGGGUCUGAAGAAAGUCAUUUUUGUGCUACUGGUUCCCAUCACAUUCCCAUUAGCUUAUACUCUUCCAGAUGUUCGCAAACAAAGUCGUCGAAAAUACUUUGCGAUCACGUUUUGCGGCGCGAUCCUAUGGAUCGCUGCUUAUUCAUAUUUGAUGGUGUGGUGGGCGAACACAAUUGGUGAAACUUUUGGCAUUCCGACCGAGAUAAUGGGACUGACAAUUCUGGCGGCUGGCACCAGUAUUCCGGACCUGAUCACGUCGGUGAUCGUUGCUCGUAAAGGUCUCGGGGACAUGGCGGUCUCCUCGUCGAUAGGCUCAAAUUUGUUCGAUGUUUGCGUUGGUUUGCCGGUCCCAUGGCUCAUUCAUUUCGUCAUCGCAUAUUUCAAAAAUUCGCAUUCAAAUAGUAUAUCAGUGACGUCAAAUGGAUUGGCGUGCUCGCUGGGAUUGCUGUUCGCGAUGCUAUUGGUACUACUCGCAUGUGUGGCGAUCUCGAAAUGGAAAAUGGAUAAAUUCUUUGGACUCCUUAUGAUUUUCUCGUAUGCCGCAUUCUGUAUGCUUUGCAUUUUGCUAGAAACCGGACAUCUGAAAUGUCCGUUGAGAAAUAGUUGCUAA